GCUUUUUUUUUUUUUUUUUUUGACAGCCCUAUCCAGCACGCCAACGGAAUUCUCCCCCACCCCACCUCCUCCCGUGCAAAACCUCCACCACCACCGCCACCACCGCCGCGCAAAACCCUCCAUCGCUGCCAUGCCGCCGCCGCCGCCGCCGCUGCCGCUGCACCACCAGAUUAUCAAGGUGGCAAGGGACGAGGAUUUCCGCUCGCGUAUCGGGAACGAUGGCCGCUACUUCGAUCUUGUCGACUUCAGCGCAAUCGACGUAUUCUACGUUCCGAAUAGCUUGACCGUCUACGAGUUCAAGGGUACGCUCAUGGAGAAAUUUGGAACCCCUGUGCAAUGUCAACACCUCUGGUGGUGGGCUAGACGACUAAACAAAACAUACCGUGUAGACAGGCCAUUGACAACCGAAGAGGAGAAACUAUCUGUAUCAAGCCUAAGGCAUGGUGGCGAUCAUCUAAACUUUUUCUUGGAGGUGCUCCACCCUCAUUCCCAACCACUCAGAGAUCAACGAAGAUGAUGCGCUGGUGUUUCUAAAGCUUUUUGACCCAGAAAAAGCACAGCUACAGUCAGCACUUUUUUGUUACAACUUAUUUUGUCUUAUUUAUCAGUUGAUGAUACUAAAUUUUGCUCCUCUUCUGAACGAGGAAUUAAGUAUGUUGGCUCGCUGUAUGUGAAAGUUUCAUCGAGGCCUUCAGAUAUUCUUCCAAAACUAAGAAGUCUAGCUGGUUUUUGUGCAAGCGAACCAAUAGAAUUGUAUGAGGUCAGGUUUUGUACCGAUGCAAAUAGGUUCCCUGACUCUGAAAUAAACAGAUUUAUCUCAUUUGUACUGGUUUCUCACUUUGAUAAGCAGGAGAUAAAAUUUGAUCCAUCAGUGAUGUGUGAAGCUAUUGACAUUCAUUUAACCUUUUCAGAUAGUGGGGUUUGUUUCUUUUAACCUAUCCUCUCUUAGUCUCUUUUGCACUCCCCAUCCAUGUAUUAUUUUCUUUCUACAGAUUACAACUGGGGACAUUAUUUGCUACCAGAAAAGCCUGCCACAAAACUGGCGAAUAUAUUCUUCUGUUGCAUCUUUUCUCCAGCAUGUUUGUGAUCAUAAGGAAGAAGAAUGGAAGAGACACAUUUUAGAAGAGGAGAUUGCUGUGUUAAAACGCCAGGCUGAUACAGAUCGGCUUCAGAAAGAUGAGAGCAUGACAGUGUGUGAUCAGUUGAAACAUGAACGAGACAAUGCUGUGCGACAAGUGAAUGAAUUAUGUGAUCAGAGCACACCUGUCAUUCUCAAUUUCUCUCGCAAGGACUUGGAGCAAGCAAUAGAACAUUUCAAAAAUACUGGUGAUUUUGGUGAUACUGAAUAUGGGCACUUAUAUAAAGGCAUGAUACACUAUACCAUCGUGGCAAUCAAGCUGUCUAGUUCCCAAAGCUUAUUUCAACAAGAGGUAACCUGGUCCACUUGUGAUGCUUGGUGUUAGUUGAUUCCAUUAGUAAUGUGAGAUUAUUGCACAUUUCUAUUCUUCGGCAAUGGAGACAUCCAAAUAUUAUCACAAUCAUCGGAGCGUGCUCAGAGGCCUUCGCUCUAAUAUAUGAAUGGUUACCUAAUGGGAA